AUACAAACAUAUUGAUCGUGCAGUUACUGCUUAACUCUUCCACUCCGCAUUCAUCAGCACACAAUAUUUAAGGCACAAAAAGAAAUACGACUUAUAUUUGAGAAUGAUAGAGGAUAUAGAGGAGGAAAAUGCGACCUAGUAGAACCUAGAACCUCAAAGAUGGAUGUAAUCCUUUUUGAAAUGUAUGUCACAGCUAACAAGGGACCAAUUGAUUGAACUCAAUGCCCGUAUAUCAGUGUUACUGACAUUGCAUGGAAUCCAAGAUGUCAACUGCUGCAUUGCGGAAGAUGACCUGCUAGGAGAAGCAAGUUAUGAGGUGCUCAUACAGCAUCUCGAGGAAAGGUUGGCUCGGUUAGAAAGACAUGGAGGAAAUGAAACUGCCCUUGUGAUGCCUCCUCCAAACAUUUGCUCAGUUAAACAUGGACCGCUCAAAGAUGCUAACCUCCACUGGCUGGCAAUGCAUAUAACUGACCAGCAAAGGAAAGGUGUUCAAGAAAAGGGCUGGUUUGACCUGCACAGAGCAUUUAACAUGAGUGCUGAGGCUCUUGAUCAGGUGUUGGCCUAUCUGGGCGAAGCAUCAGACCUGGUCAUUACGUCUACCAUACUUUGUAUUGGAAGGGAGAAACUAGGAGGCGAUUUUGACAAUUUUUGUAAAAUAAUUAAAAAAUCCGGAUUUGAACUAGAAGCAAAUUCACUAGUAAACAAGUGUGCCUAGAAUGUAAAAAUGUGAAGAACAUUCCAUUGUAUUGAAAAUGCUUAAAAGGAAAAAUGCUUAUAUAUUGUUGGUUUAUAAAUCAAAAUGGCUUAAGUGGAUCACUGUUUAGAGUUAAUCUGAACAAAAAGUAUUUAUAAAUAAGCAUUGCAGCUGUUGGAUCUAAAUAACAAUACAUUAAGGCCCACAAUGGAUGGUGAAAAAAAUGAAAAACUGUUUGCCCAGUGCAUUUGUUGAUAAUGAUACAUUUUAUUAAAUUAUUUUAUUAUAUAUUGAAAGUAUAUCAUACAUAUAUAUUAGAGUUGUUUUGUUGAGGGAUAACUGAUCCAUCAUAUGUUAAUUUAUUUUAUAUCGAAAAAUAUCAUAUUGAUACCCAGACCAUCACCCUCAGUCAAUACAAUAUUUUCCUUAGCCAAUAUCAUAUUUUCCCUCAGAAUGAAAAUUCAUUUUCCAUCCCGCCCCUCCCAUUAAACAACCUCUAUUUUAUGAUAUUUCCAUAUGUAUUAUAGAGUAUAUUAUAGUAAAAUAAACUAUUGUAAAAACAUUCA